UUAAUUUUCAGAUGAUAUUUACUCUUUUAUCAACACUGCCUGUACUUAUCAUCACAACAGAACUUGACUAUUCGGAACUUGUUCAUUCAGCAGAACUGGUAUCAUCCUCAUCAUAUAUUCAUCACAAAACGAAUAAAAAACCUGACAAUUGCACAAGAGACACUGAUAUCAUAGAUCGACUUCUCAAUGGAACUGGAUAUAACAAGUUUCGUAUUCCACAAGAAGAAGGGAUGACUGUAGUUGUCGAAAUUUGGAUUCAAGCUAUCACUUCAAUUGAUGAACUUACAAAUGAUUUUGAUAUGGACAUUUAUAUCACUGAAACGUGGCUGGAUCCAGCGUUAAAUUUUCAGACAAUGACUCCCUGUAAAGGUAAUCUAUCACUAAACCACCAAGUACUAGAUCGUCUCUGGACACCAAAUAGUUGCUUCAUAAACAGUAAAGUUGCUCAGAUUCAUAAUUCUCCAUUCAGAAGUGUUUUCUUGAUGCUUUUCCCGAAUGGAACAGUAAUGGUCAACUAUCGAGUUCGUGUUAAAGGACCUUGCAGCUUGGAUUUAUCAAAUUUUCCAUUAGAUCUUCAGAAGUGCAGCUUAAUAUAUGAAAGUUUCAACUACAAUAGGCAAGAAGUGGAAAUGAGAUGGUCAGAUGCUGAACAUCCAGUCUUCAAUUUAUCAAAAAUUAUGCUUCCCGACUUUGAUCUAUUUGAAAUUCAAACAGAAAGGAGGCAGGAGCCAUAUCCAGCUGGAAUGUGGGACGAGCUUCAUGUUACAAUAAUAUUUGAGAGACGGUUUAUUUGGUAUUUCAUGCAGGCAUAUCUACCAACAUAUUUGACCAUUUUUAUAAGCUGGAUAUCAUUCUCCCUCGGCUCACGUGCAAUUCCUGCUCGUACAAUGCUCGGAGUUAAUAGCCUUUUGGCAAUUGUUUUCUCAUUUGGAAAUAUUAUGAGGAAUCUGCCACGGGUUUCAUAUAUCAAAGGAAUUGAUGUUUGGAUGCUUGUAUCAAUGACAUUCAUUUUCUGUUCAUUGCUUGAACUUGCUAUUGUUGGUUUUAUGGUUCGAGAUGAAACUGUAGCGAAGAAAAAGCAACAGAAGAAAAUUUCAGGGAAUAUUUCCCGAGAAGAAUCUCCACAUGGAAUUAUAUCAGAGCGUCGUUUUAUGUUCCCACCGGGUUGCUCUGAAUCUUCAAAAUCUUUGAGCUCAUGCACAAGUGGUUGGACUCCGGAACGAAUUGACUCAAUUUCCAGUGUCAUGUUCCCAUUUUCAUUUUUCGUUUUUAAUAUCAUCUACUGGUUCUACUACAUUCACAGAAAAGAAAUCAUCAAGCAGAACUUGAUCAAUCGAGUUGACGGAUAAAUUCUGAUUUUUAGUUAAAUUUCAUGUAAUCUUUUUUGUUUCCUGUCUAUGAAGUGAGAAGUAAAAUUAAUUUAAAAAUAUUAUA